AUGCUCCGGACUCUAGACGACUGGAUCGCUUCACCUGUUAGCAAAAGGUGCUCGACAUGUGGACGGCAAAUGAUGGAGGCUGGAGAGAUCGGAAUGCCGCGGGUAUGGCAAGCGCUCGGAAGAGAAAUUGCACAAAUGCCUAUCAUGCAUGGGCUUGGCUAA